AUUUGGUUGAUAACUUUAAGCAUAGGUCACUGAUGGUGUAGUGGUUCGCAAGCCUGACUUCGGUGUGGGGAGGGUAUGAUCGAAAAUAAUAUUAAUAUAUUGUGUUUGCUUUGAAUAACAAUGAUGCGCGUGUACUACACGCCUAGACAUCAAUUGGGACAGCGUACUCCACUUCUGGCUCGAUCAAUAAUUUCACAACCAUUGCGUCACCAUAAAGCGCGCACCCUGUCGGUUCCUCAUAGGAAGAAGUGUUCUAAGUGUCUGACGUCACGGCUCGGUCAGGGUCAGGGUGUGUUCCCGGUGUAGUGUUGGUGGGGGCCAAUCCAAUCACUCGUCCUCAACGUAACCCCAAGCAAAUGUUGACCCGUCACUAAACGGAGAUAUGGAUUUUGACUUUUUAUUCAACGAUUCAGCUAUCCAAUUUUCGGACUUCCGGGAGUUCACGUUUCUUCCUGGACACCAAAUGUUGUCUGAACGAGUGAAAAAGAGGCUGUAUUAUGGUUUGGAUCGUGAUGUGUCACUUGAAGCCCUCUCCUCCCCGGUGACAGAUAUUGCUGUUGAAAUCUUCCAGAAAUCUGCACCAAGCCCAAUCAGGAAACUCCGCAAGAAAUAUGCCGUUUAUGUCUCAAGGGAGGCUUGUAUUUCACCAUGUGCCAUGAUGCUAGCACUGGUUUACAUUGAAAGGCUCCGAAAUAGAAACCCUGAAUACCUCCAAAAGAUCUCCUCAUCUGACCUCUUCCUGAUCUCCAUGAUGGUUGCCAGCAAGUACUUGUACGACGAAGGUGAGGAGGAGGAGGUCUUCAAUGAUGAGUGGGGAGCAGCUGGGAAGCUGGAUGUUGAAACGGUCAAUAACCUGGAAAUCAAUUUCCUGAACGCAAUUGACUGGCGUCUCUUCGCGGAGUCAAGUGACUUCUUGGAUGCACUGAGCCGACUAGAGAGCAGCAUUGCUGAGCGUCAGGGGGUGAUGCGGGGUUGGUUUACAUACACUGACGUCUGUGUGCUUCUCGAACAAUCAGCAUGGAAUCAAGCACUUGCCGCUCUCUACCAGCACUUCAUCAAGAUUUCCUGUAUGGUCGGAUUUUUCUAUCUGACUAGUGUGACUGGCCUCAUUGUCACAAGCACUGUGCUCCAACAGCUCAGUCUUUGUCCAAGCACUCAGACUUUGUUGACACCCCCAGACAACAUCACCCCGGCACUGCUUUCCACAUCCAACCGAGCCCCUGACUCCCUUGGACGAAACCAGUGUCUCCCCUGUUGUACUCUGUCUAACAAGAGUCUGAACCAUCACACCAACGUGAUAGGAGGGGAUCGACCACACAGAGCGCCUUCAAUUCACGCCAGCCUACAGACAUCAAUAUUGUGUCUGUGGGUCCCUACACAGCAACAAACACGAUUGGAGUCACCUAAAACCUCGUACAUUGUGUCUACUGUUCAUCCGUGCUGUUGCAGCAGCCUCCCACGAUAUGGUCGCACGCUGAGAAACACCUCAGCCAUAGUCACCCGUCAUGCAUCAUUGUUGGCCUCCCUCUUGAUUGGCAGUGCUAAAACAAUUGAAAUCUCUCACCUCAAAGUGUUUGCGCCUGUUCAGCAGGGAGCUUGUAAUGCAAAGCUAAUGUUACCUGUAGACAAAAUGCAAGCCCUUUUCAUGGCCGGCUAGCAUACUGCAGAUGCCACGACUAUUUGUCACAUACUCUGAAAAAGAAACCAGCACUGCUUUUUAAUCACCACUUCAUGUUUGUACUUUCCAAAUCUAGAACACACGAGCGAUAGCACAUAACCAGAUCUCAGACAUGAGAUCCUCGUACAGUAACUUUGUUUGACCGCAGCUAUCCUAACUCAUUUUGUAUGUUUUUUUUUUUUUUUUUUUUUUUUUUUUUGGGGGGGGGGUACAAGUUACUGGUUUGAAGGCUGGAAGUCUUCAUCAUUGUCUUCUGAGUGAUAGUCUCAGCUUGGAAGGGUUUAAGUAUAUAGAGGUGAAAUGGUGCUUGGUGAGAAGAAAGUUUUACAAUGUAGGGGAUGUCUCACAGGUCAUGCUCGUACAAUGUGCAACCCUUUAAAUGGAAAGGAUGUUCAUAAUUCAACACUUCCUGCUCAAGCAAUGAAAGUCUUAACGACAAAAGGGUAAUGUGAUAAUUCCCAUUUAGUAGUUUCUGAUUUUGUGUUAAGUUUGUGUGGGUUUUUGCACAUAAUGCCUCAUUAUUUAGCAUGCUUACUGACACUCCCUGCAUUCUAUUUUUGGUGAGGUGCUUUGCACUUGCUUACAUAUCUGUUGCAACAACAGCACCUUUCACUCUAAAGAGGGUGGUGACUGCAAUAUUGAUCUGUUGGGCAGUAGAGGUUUGACAUGCACAGUUUUGUGUGAUUGCAUUUCUAAUAAAGCCAAAGUGGUCCA